AUGAGCAAACUCAACAAUAAAAUUGCACUCAUCACCGGUGCUUCCGAAGGUAUUGGUUUAGCCAUUGCACAACAAUUUAUUAUUGAAGCUCAUCUCGGCCAUCUAUAUGAUGUUAUUCAAGAACAAAAGGGUCAUCUAGAUAUUAUUGUGGCAAAUGCAGGCGUCAGUUUACUCUCAUCAUUGGAAGCAAUUACUGAACAACAAUUUGAUGAAACAUUUAAUAUAAAUGUAAAAGGAACAUUAUUCACAAUUCAAAAAGUUCUGCCGCUAUUAGCUGAUGGUGGAUCAAUCAUUCUUAUGGGAUCAGUCUCUUCUAUCAAAGGUCAUUCAACUGCUAGUGUCUACAGUGCAUCAAAAGCAGCUAUUCGAUCUUUUGCUCGAUGUUGGGCAAUGGAUUUGAAAGAACGUAAGAUUCGGGUGAAUACUUUAAGUCCGGGAUCGAUCGAAACGAGCAUGCUGAAAAGUGUGGCUGACUGUGGGGUAGUAAAAGCAAGUUUCAUGAACGAUCUGAUGGCUUCCGUACCAAUGCAUCGGAUGGGCACGGCUGAUGAAGUCGCCAAAGCUGCGGUUUUCCUUGCUUCAGAUGACAGUAGUUACGUAACAGGCAUUGAACUUUUUGUUGAUGGCGGGAGAGGACAGAUAUAA